CCUGUGAUCCCUGGUUGGUGGCUGUCGGCAGCUGGCGAUGACUUGGGGGCAGGAGCGAGUGGUGGCGCUGGCGGAUAUGGACUGUUUCUUUGUACAGGUGGAGCAACGCCUGGAUCCCGGUCUGCGUGGAAAGCCGUGUGUCGUGGUGCAGUAUAAGACGUGGAAAGGUGGCGGGAUAAUUGCUGUGAGCUAUGAAGCACGUGCUUUUGGAGUUAAACGGAACAUGUGGGCUGCUGAUGCCAAGAAGUUGUGCCCAGAUCUCCAGUUGGCUAGAGUGCCAGUGGCUCGUGGCAAAGCAGAUCUUGCCAGAUACCGAGAAGCCAGCAUAGAGGUGAUGGAAGUAAUGUCACGUUUUGCUGUGAUUGAACGUGCCAGCAUUGAUGAAGCUUACCUGGACUUAACUCAAGCUAUACAGGAAAGGCUGCAGAAGAUGAAGGGGCAACCUAUUUCAGCAGAGCAGUUGGGAACUACGUACAUUCAAGGAUUCCCAAAUAGCCUUGAAGCAGAAGAAAAUGCAGACAACAAAGAGGAGCUGCGGCAACGUGGUGUGUGCCAGUGGCUCAGAGCAUUGCCUUUUGGAGAUCCCAGCAAUCCAGAGCUGCAGCUGACAAUGGGGGCAGUGAUCAUGGAAGAAAUGAGGGCUGCUGUGGAGUCUGUCACUGGAUUUCGGUGUUCUGUUGGAAUUUCUCACAACAAGGUGUUAGCAAAACUGGCCUGUGGCCUCAACAAACCAAAUCGACAGACUCUGGUAUCACAGGGGGCUGUUCCUCAGCUCUUUAGCAAGAUGCCAAUCAGCAACAUUCGCAACCUUGGAGGGAAACUAGGUGCUUCUAUUAUUGAACUUCUGGGAGUGCAGUAUAUGGGACAGCUGAUCCAGUUCAGUGAAUCACAGCUUCAGACACAUUUUGGAGAGAAGACCGGAUCCUGGUUAUAUGAACUGUGCAGAGGAAUUGACUAUGAGCCUGUGAAAGCUAGACAAUUGCCAAAGUCCAUUGGCUGCAGUAAGAAUUUCCCUGGAAAAACAGCAUUGGUUACUCAGAAGCAGGUGCAGUACUGGCUCUUGCAGUUGGCUUUGGAGCUGGAGGAGAGAUUGAAUAAGGACAGAGACCAGAACAACCGGGUAGCUAAACAAUUGCGUGUUGGGAUCCAUAUGCAGGGUAGUAAACAUGCCAGUGGUCUGUCACGCUGCUGUGCCUUAUCCCAGUACGAUGCUCAAAAAAUGAGCAGAGAUGCCUUUGCACUAAUCCAGAACUGCAACACAGCAGCAGGCCAGCAGGCAACAUGGUCUCUUCCUGUUACAGUUCUCCAGCUCUCUGCAAGCAAGUUUUCUAAGGUUUCUACAGUAUCGUCUGUGGACAUUACUUCCUUCUUGACUAAUCAUAGCCAGCGUACUCAAAACACCACCACCACUACUGAUGGCAUGAAUGCAAAGUUUCUUGGAAGUCCCAAAAAGGAGACCAGCAAGAAGGCAGUUAAUGCUAUUCAAAUGCUCUUUCAAAGGGCAGCAAAAAGAAAACAGGCCCAGGCUAUCACUGAGUCUUUUGUUCCUGGUGUAAGUGAUAUGGUAGCACCACCAGCUACUCAAUCUAUGAGUUGUCACAUCAGCAGCCAAAUUACAGAAACCCCCAUGGAACCAAGCAACCCAAACCUGACGCAGAAGCAGCUGUUGAUGGAACAAUCUCUGCAGGAGGCUGCUUUGACUGGUGAAGGUUACGUAUCAUCUUCAGAAAUUAAAAUGUUUCCUGAUUCGUUUAAAGAAGAGAAAGUGCAGCCUGCUCCUGGACUUUUGCAGGAGGGAGCUACGAGUUUGGUUGUUCCCUCCUCAGUGGAUGACUGCUUGUUGUGUGAGAAAUGCAACCAAAAAGUGGUAGUGUGGGAGUUCACUGAACACUUAGAUUACCACUUUGCUGUGGAGCUGCAGAAUUCUUUCUCAGGAUCUAGUUCCUUCAGGUCAGCUGAUUCUCUUGGCAGUCCAGUGAAGGACAAAAAUAAAUCAAAGGAACAGAGAACCACCAGUGCCAAACGGCCAAAGCAAGAUGCAAUUAGGACUUUAGAUUUCUUUUUUAAACCACUGAAGCCAUAGCUGCUAACUUGAGUAACUGGCGACUUAGUAAAUGUACUUUUCCUAAUAAACUAACCCUAAUAAAUUAUUCCUAAUAAAUUAAACGUUAUGGGAACUAAAGAGGUAGUGGGGAAAAGACUAUAAUCAAAGGUAUGCUAUUUGCAGAUUAAGAUGACAACAGAGAAUGUGAUGAUGGGAUUGUGUUCCGUUAGUAGUGCUGCAGUUGUCCCACAACUAGUUUUUAAACUGGAGCUCUGUAAGUGAGAAAUCAUUUACCGUCACUCUGUCAUGUAAAGGAUUUGCUUAUUUCAGAAGUGUAGUAUUUAUGUAGUGGUUCUAAGAGCCAGAUUGCACAAUCAAGAUUAAAAUGAAUGAAAAUCAUAAUAAACCUCAAUAUUAGACAGCAGAGAACUCUUAUAUAAUUUAUGAUUCUGGGACAAGAGAAAGAAAUCUAGGCUGCCCAGAUUGUGGACUUCAACUUCCAUCAUCCUUUCCUACUGGCUGUUAGCUGGAUUGAUAGCAUUGGUUCAGUUUCCACCCUGUCUUGUGCUUUUUUAUUUCUUAAGCAACUUUCCAUAUAUUUGAAUGUUUCCUCUUCUAAAUUUGUGUAAAGAAAUCCAAUAAUAUAGUUUUCUAUAUUUAUUUGAUUCUAGGCCUUUUAGCAACAAUCUUGUCUCUUCUGAGAGUAGGUUUAUUAAGAGAUUAUAUUUUUUUAGGAUCAAGCAUUCUUUUUAGUAAAUGAAACUGUCUUAUACUAAGUCAUAGGCCUUGUGGUUCCAUAAUGCUAAACCAUAAUGUAUAUAGUCUUUUUUGGUGCAGCAUGAUGCACCCUCUGAAAAAAUUUUUAUUUAUUUAUUUAUUUGAAUUUAUUAGCUGCCCAACUCCAAUGGACUUUGUUUUUGCAACAAACCAUUCUUCAAAGCCAUACUUUGUUUGUAAAUCCUGGCAUUAUACCUAAACCUAAAGUUCUGGCUUAUUCCUGGUUUGUUUUUCUUGUCCAUCCAGGGCCUAGAGUCUGGCAGAAGAAAUAGAGGAAAAACAAACCAGGAAAUGAUUUAUCUAUAAGAUUGACUCUGGCUUGUUCAACAACUCAUGGUUAAAAUAAUCCCUGGUUUAUCAUUUUGCACAAAUUUAGUUUAUUCAGCCCUAUGCUAACAAAUCCUGCUUGAGGUAUUGACAAAUAUGUUUUCCAGUUCUGCUUUAUGCAACUAGAGAGCAGGAUUGAAGUUUGACCCUUUCAGAUACCAAGAUUAUGUUCCAUCAUUCAAUUGCUUAAAUCUCACUAGCAGAUUGUGAUUACUGCUUGUGAUAUAAUCAGGUUUGCUCUGCCAUAGGUACUUGAAUGAUCUAAAGCUGAAUGAGCAUGCAUCACUCAUGUUUCCAGAGUUAAAGAAAUCACAGUUAUUCCAUUGGAUUUUAUGAAUCCCAAUGCAGUAGAUUUGUUAGUACUAAUAUAGUUAGGAAACUUCAAAAAUAAAUUUCCUAAAAUGAAA